AUGGCUUCUCGGCUGAUCGCUUUAAAAAUGACAGUAGAAGCGGAGAUCUUAGAAAGGCACCCUGCGCGGGAAUGGCUUCCAAAGGGACACUCCUAUGACCACAAGAAGAUACUACCAAGCCUUUCAGCCGAGAUUUGCGGAUAUCUACAGUACAAGGCACCACCGCCGGAUCGACAAAGGCAGGUACAAAGGCUCUUACAGAAGCUAGAGGGAAGGAUUCGGGCUUCUGAGAUAUUUAGGGGCUAUAUUUCUACGUCUGGGCCGUUGCUGCGCGUCGUAGGCAGCUAUGCCAACGGAACAGCAUCAUGCACGUCCCCCAUCGAUGUUUGUGUGCUGAUCAUUACACCAAACUCUAUGGAAACGGUUGCCGAUCCCAAGCUUUGGUUUGCAUUUUCUAAGAUACUCUUAAACACAGGGUAUACCCUUGUCUCAACACAGUUUUAUCAGUCUAUUGUCAGAACUGUUGUGGUGCAUACUGAACUGCCCGUGGCACUUCACUUUUAUUAUCAUGGGAAGGAGCUCAUGAACAAUACAGAGCGUGCCAUCCAACUGUUCAAGGAAAGCCCAUCUCUUCAGCAACUGCAUUGUCUCAUAAAGGCCAUUUGUAGACACAAGUGCAUACAUGGGUUCACUCAUGGAAACAUUUCUUCUCACUAUAUUUUUCUUUUGAUUCAAGCCUUCGCACUAACCCUCCUCCCCAAGCAACUCACGGAGACUGUCGGCAGCUUGCUUAUCCUCUUCACCAAUUUUAUCUCUAACUACGAUGAAUCUAUCUAUUAUGCAGACGUGCACAGCGGCAACAUCUUGUGUGAACAAAAGAUACACCGAACAGAGCCGUACUUUGAGGUACGUUCUGCUUCUUUUUAUGACAUGCACGAUGUUCCAUACAAAUAUUGUGUGUUUAAGGAUACAAUGAUGGAGAUAUCCCGGCUCCUGCGGCAUUACGAGUCGCCAGGUGUGGCAGCACCAAUCAGCAUAGUAUUUGAGCUUUGUGGAUUCUAG